GUUUACCUCCAGCCAAAAAAGCGUCCAAAUACACUCAAAAUAUUCUAAAUUCGAUCCAAAAUCGGAACCAAAUCCCUCCGCUUUCAAAUCCCGGAUACUCACUGCAUUCAAAUCCCUCCGCUUUUUAUGGGAUUUCCCACCGGAGUUCCUCCAGAUCUCACAGCUCCUCUCGCCAUGGAUUCCUCCACCGCCACCGCCGCCGCGGCCACCGGAAAGAAGUCCUACUGGCGGUUCAGCAAGCAGGACUUCUAUCCGGAGCCGACUUUCAGCAACUUCUCGACCUACCUCUCCGCGCUGUCGGAGACCCACCGCCGCCUCAAGGACCGCGUCUUCGGCCGCUCCUCCGACUUCAAUGAACUGAUCGAAAGCAGGAAGCAAUCGGAGAACGAGAUGAAGAAGGUACUCACAUGGUGGGACCUAAUCUGGCUAGGGUUCGGCUCCAUCGUCGGGUCGGGAAUCUUCAGCAUCACCGGACAAGAAACCCACGACCACGCCGGCCCCGCCAUCGUCCUCUCCUACGCCGUCUCAGGUCUCUCCGCUUUACUCUCCGUCUUUUGCUACACUGAAUUUUCCGUCGAAAUCCCCAUCGCCGGCGGUUCCUUCUCGUUUCUCCGAAUCGAAUUGGGCGAUUUCGUCGCUUUCAUCGCCGCCGGUAAUAUAAUGUUAGAAGGCCUCGUAGGCGCCGCCGGAUUGGGGCGGUCGUGGUCAUCCUAUUUGGGCAGCAUCAUCAAGAGUAGCAAUCCCGAUUUCCUGAGAAUCAAAAUCGAUUCAUUCGCCGAUGGAUUCAAUCUGUUGGAUCCAGUGGCCGUAGCUGUUCUUAUAAUUGUUAAUGGCUUCGCUUUAACGGGCACGAAGAGGGCAUCGGUCCUGAAUUGGGUGAGCUCUGUGUUAGAAAUGGGCGUGAUCGUGUUCAUCAUAAUCAUAGGUUUUAUACAUGGAAAGAGUGAGAAUCUGGAGCCCUUUUUCCCCUAUGGAGCCAAAGGUAUAUUCACUGCCGCGGCAGUCGUUUUCUGGUCAUAUACCGGCUUCGAUAUGGUGGCGAAUAUGGCCGAGGAAGUGAAACGCCCCUCGACAGAUAUACCCGUCGGAUUAGUCGGUUCGAUGUCUUUGAUCACUGUGGUUUAUUGUCUUAUGGCACUGGCAUUGACAAUGACUGUGAAGUACACUCAAGUGGAUGUCAAUGCGGCGUAUUCGAUGAUGUUUGAGGGGAUGGGGAUGAAGUGGGCUAAGUAUAUGGUGAGCAUUAUCGCGAUCAAGGGGAUGACGACGAGCUUGCUGGUUGGAUCAAUGGGGCAGGCUCGGUACACGACUCAAAUUGCCAGGACACAUAUGAUUCCUCCUUGGUUCGCCCUAGUCCAUCCGAAAACCGGAACACCAAUAUACGCGACGCUUUUGACGACGACGGGAAGCUGUGUUCUUGCUUUCUUCACGAGCCUAGAUGUUUUGUCGAGUGUUUUGUCGUUUGCUACGCUCCUACUUUUCAUGCUCGUGGCUGUGGCAUUGCUGACGAGGAGGUAUAACGUUAAGGAUGUAACUCCGAGGAAUGAUGCGAUGAAAUUUAUGGCGUCGUUGUUCGUUAUUUUUGGGUCGUCGAUUAGCUUAGCUGUGAUUUGGAAUUCAUCGAUCGAGAAGGGGUGGAUUGGAUAUGCUGUGAGCGGGGGGUUUUGGUUUCUCGGAACUUUGGGAAUGGCAUUGACCCCAAAGCAGAGGAACCCUAAGGUUUGGGGAGUUCCCCUGGUUCCUUGGCUGCCGUCUUUGUCGAUUGCGAUUAAUAUAUUUCUUAUCGGAUCUCUUGGCAAGGCGGCGUUCUUCAGGUUCAUCAUAUGUAGUGCUUUGAUGUUGGUGUACUAUCUCUUGGCCGGCGUUCAUGCUACUUAUGAUGUUGCUCGUAUGGAGAAACAGGCAUCGAGCCUCGAGGUUGGGGCAGGAUCCUUGUAGCUCGCUCGGAGGUAAAUCGAUUCUGAAUUGUGAAUUUGAUUCUAAUGUGCAUACCUAUGCUCUGAAGACCUUUUGAUUGAAUUCGUUUUGUAUAAUUAUCGGAAUAAUCUUCAAAUCGAUGUUUGGUUUCUUAUGUUAUGAAUGUCGUUUGAUGAUC